UUCAUGUGUAUUAAUUAUUUUGCUAAUUAUAAAAUGGAAACAACGAAUGAAAAAUGUUCGUUUUUGAUCAUUCAGUGCGACUGGGAUUACGUGUUAAGGCAACACGAAGGGAAGGCUUGGGUGUCUCUUAAGCAUUUUGGGUUCUCCCGCCCAACAAGUUAUGGGACCCUAAAAAGGGUUGGAUCUGCAGCUAAUGGGGUUCCUAUACUUGAAGCAAGUGAUAGGUUUACAGUGGACGACAUCAGUGCUAGAAGUAUCAAGAUAUCACACACUGAGUUUAAUGUGACGACUACGUUCCAUGCUCCUGUGAAAACCUUUCAUAAUAUUCAUAACAAAAGUAUAACGACGUUGGAUAUUUCAAAGGAAGGUGGCCUUGGUGUGUCUGCUUGUGUGGAUGGGACCUUCAACAUAUGGGAUACUAAUAAUGGAAUGAUUAGGAGGAAACUAGUUAGUCAUGUAGGGGAAGUGAAUUGUUGUAACUUCUUCCCAUCAGGAAUGGUAGUUAUGAGUGGGGGAAUGGAUACACAGGUUAAAAUAUGGUCGGCUGAAGAUGGGACAUGUGCAAGAACACUGAAUGGUUCUCACAAGUGUGGGAUCUUGAGCCUUGCUGCUGUAGGUAGAGGCAGGAAUAUUGUGUCUGCUUCAAGAGAUGGUAGCCUUAAGUUAUGGGAAUGUAGCAGUGCUUCGUGUGUUGCUAAUUUGUUGGAAGGAAAAUCUGAAAUUAACUUCUGCUGUGUGACUGAAAUGUCGGAUGAAUUAGAAACUCAGUUGGUACAAGGUGAAGAGAUAAGCGAUGCAAUGCCAGGCAACCUUGAGUUCGACACGGAGCAUAAGGUAGCUACUGCCUGCUGUGAGAAUGGUGAAGUCAUUGGCGUUGCUGUUUUAAAACGAAGUAUUUUAUUUGAGAUGAAGUUGCCAUCUGCUGUUAACUGUUGUUGCUACUUAGAUGAAACUAUAUUAGUGGUGGGACUACAUGACGGGUCAAUUGUGGUGUUGGAUAUAAAAAAUACUAGACACCCAUUAGCUAAGAAGCAGAUCUGUGGUUCUCCUGUUCUAUCCUUGUCCAAUUCAAACCAAGAUUCAAGUUUCUGGGCGAGUUUUGGUGACGGACGAUGCUCACUGCUUAAAAUGACAUCAUCACUUCCACAAGGGGGCGCUAACGGUGACAAUAAUCAACCCAACAUAGAAAUAGUAUAUGAACUGACCGGACCAGAUUGCGACCCUGUUUAUAAAGUCAAUGCGACAAAGUCAAAUUGGGUUUUUACUGCAAGUAGGGACGGAGUUGUGAGGAAAUAUAAAUGCUAACUUGAUAUCUAUUCUAUAUGAGUGUACGAGGACCUAGGACUUGGGCCAGGGUUGGACUGGAAACUCUCUGCUAUUCUAUAUUGGGGAGAUCUUUUUUCAAAGUCCAAGAAAUCAGACCAUUUUGCCCCAUUAUCCUAACACCCAAGUAUAAAUGUUAACUUGCAAAAUAUUUUAUAUGGAUGAGGCACUUGCUCAAGGGACUAGGAUUAAGGCCAGACUUAGCCUAUAAACUUUCUGCUAUUCUGUUCCAUAUGGGUGAGGGCAGUGGCGCAGCCAGGGGGGGUUUCGGGGGUUGUGACCCCUCUUUUGGAAAAAUGUUUUGAUUAACCCCCCCGCCCUUAUUUUUUUCUGGCUUGGGUGAGGGACUAGAAUUCUAACCAGAUUUGGUCCACUAUCCCAACACCAAGGAAUGUGUGGCUGAGAGUUGGCCGCAACACUGAAUGAACUGAGGGUUUAUUUUAUUUAAAACCAAUCUCGAGCAAAACAGCAAACUAAGUUAUAUGACAUCAUACAUGAAUUUAAUUUACACCGUUUAAUAUGACAUCACUAUCAUAGGCGCCAAACCUGUGUGAGCCAACCCUGAAAUUUCCAAACUAAUUUAAUCAGUAAAAUUACAACAAAAUUGCUUUUAAAAGAGCGCGAGUCCAUCUAUCCCUGCCUAUCCUGCAUUUUUAAAGUUUGGCACCUAUGACAUCACUAUCAUUUAUCAUACCCUUCGAUAUGACAAGCAGAGCCCAAAUUACAUAGUAUUCAAAAC